AUGUCCCGGCUGCGCCUGUGGUCCCCACGGCUCCUCCUUACCUGGCAACCGUUGUGGCUUUUGGUUCAGGCAGCUCAGCCUCUGGAGUGGGCCCAGGGCCCUGUCCAGUUGACCUCCGACCCCCCAGGGCUGACUGAGCCCUGGUCUUCACACUCCUCUGACCUCCCGCCCAAAUUGCCCCAUGCACUCACACCCCUGGCAGAGCCGGGGGGCUUUAAUUACUUGACUUCCUCCUCUCCAGACCACAUGUUGGCCCUGCCUCAUGAGGAUUUGAGUGAGACUCUGGUUCCAUACCUGGACUCGGAUUCAGCUGGAGAGCUGUUGGCAGAGCCAGAUAAGUUUGCUAUUCUACACGAGGAUCUGGAUGACAAGCUAACCCAGCAUGAAAAUCUCCCAGAAGCGGUUCCAUUUAUUGUUUCACCCUCAAACCUGAAGAAAGAUCUCGUUAAGCAUCGACCGCUUGCCAAAGUUGUUGUUGGAACUACAAGACAACUUGGAAAAAAAAAUCAGGGUCUAGAAGAACUGCAGGAUGAUUAUUUAGAUUCCAGUAUGGAUGACUUUUAUCCUGAGGAGAGCCUACCUACGGAUCUUCUGGGGAGCCCAGAUGAAACUCCAGAGCCCCCUGAGGCUGAAAUUUCAUCUCAGCAGGAGUACCACACUUCCCGACCGUUUCCCAACGAGCUGUUCGAAUCUUCAUCCCAACAAGAGACGCCUGAGGAAGCUGAAUCUUUUUCAUCCGAGGAAGAGGCCCAGGCUCAGCAUCUGGAGCACACCAACGAGGUAGAACUACCUCUACUUCAGCAGGAGGCUCUGUCUCAACCUGCAGAGACCCCCAAGGAAGUGGAAACCUCAAGCCCUCAGGAGGCCCUAGCCCAGCCUUUGGAGGCACCUAAGGAGACUGUAGCUGGACCAGCAGCGCAUCAUAAAGUUCAGCAGUCACACUUGCACAAUGUCACUGUUAAACCUCUGGAUCUAGUGCUUACCGUGACUCCAGAAGUGACUAAAGAGGUGGAACUUUCUCCAGUCCAGCAGGGGGUCCUAUCUCAACCUCCAGAGCACUUUGAGGAGGUUGAACCUCUUCCAGCCCAACAGGAGGCCCCAUCUGAGUUUCCAGAGCAACAAGAUAAGCCUCCAGAGACCCUGGGGGAGGCUGAACUUUCAAGUGAGGAGGAGCAACCGGCUCAGCCUUCUGAGCUUACUGGGGAAGAUGAAGCUUUUCCAACCCAGCAGGAGACCACAGGACAGGCCCCUGAGGAAGUGGAGACAGAAUCUGCUGCAACACUGCUGGAGCAACUGACUCAACAUUCAGGCAUAUCCAAUGUCACUGUCAAACCUGCAGAUCUUGAGCUUACCAUAACCACAGAACCCACUCCGGUGGCAGGACUUUCUCCAAGUCAGCAUAUGCCUUUGGCUCAGUCCUCAGCGCCCCUUACUAAUGCAGAAUUUUCCGCAUCUCCGCCGGAGGCCCCCACACUGCUUUCACAGUUGCCUGAGGAAGUUGAACCUUUGCCAGUUCAAGUGCCAGCUCCAGUCCCGUCUCCAGAGGCUGUUACCCAGAUUACACCUUCAGAACAACAGGAGACGCCAGCUCAGAAUCCACAGGCUCAUGAGAUUAUACCUUCUCCACCCCAGCAGGAGGCCACAGCUCAGCGUCCAGAGCUCUCUAAUGAAGUUACAGUUAUCUCUCCAGAACAUCAUCAUCCAACCUUGACUGAGGUCACAGUUCAACCUUUGGACCUUGAACUUACCAUAAAGCCAGAGCCCACCAAGGAGGAAGAACCUUCUCCAACCAUGCAGGAGCUACCACCUCAGCCUGUGGAGCCACCUAAGGAGGUUGUGGCUGAUUCAACUCCAGGCCAGUAUCAAGCUCAGAAUCCAACACUGCCCAGUGCCCCAGUUCAGCCUCUCAACCCGGAGCCUACUGUAACUCCAAAGCCUACUGUAGAAGCUGAAUCUUCUACAGCUCUUCACCCCAAACCCCCUGAGGUGAUGCUUCCAAAUCCAGAGCAAGUUCAGUCUCAGUUGUCGGAGUUCACAGUUCAACCUUUGGACCUGGAACUUACCAUAACUCCAGAAUCCACGAAUGAGGCUAGGCCUAACACAACUCCAGAACCUGUGACAGAGGCUGAAUAUUCCACAGGCCUGCAGCAGACUGCAGCUAUUCCACCAUACCCCGAGUUAACACUGCCACAUCCAAAGCCAGUUCAGUCUCAGCGCCCAACCUUGAGCGAGGUCACCUUUCAAUCUUUGGACCUGGAACUCACACUAACUCCGGAAUCCACUGUGGAGGUCGAACCUUCUCCAACCAUGCAGCAGACCCAAGCUCAGCCUCCAAAACCCAUUAAGGAAGUUGUAGCUCAGCCUCCAUUGUAUUCCGAGGUGACAGGUCCAGCACUCGAGGCGGCGUCGCCUGGCGUCACCGCUUAUCACGUGAACCUGGAGCUUACCGUAACUCCAGAACCUGCUACCGUGUCCAAACAUUCUGCUGCCCUGCCGCAGACCACAGCUCCUCCUCCAGAACAGCCUGAGGGGACACUUGCCCAUGCAAACCUGACUGAAGUCACGCUUCAACCUAUGGAUGUGGAAGUUAACGUUACCGCAGUGAAUAAUACGGAGACUGAGCCUCCUCCAACCCUGCAGGAGACCCCAAUACAGAAUGCCACCACAACCAUCAACGUAUGUAAGCUCUGUACCUGCAAAGAUGAGACGCUGUCGUGUGUUGGUCUGAGCGCAAAGCAGAAGCUCCCCAGAGUGCCUGAGCCAGGGCCCAACUCCUACAAUGGCACCUUCACCAUCUUAAAUUUCCAAGGAAACUAUAUUUCUUACAUUGAUGAAAAUAUAUGGAAGGCAUACCGUUGGGCUGAGAAACUAAUUCUCAGUGAAAAUUCUUUGACUGAAUUACACAAGGACUCAUUUGAAGGCUUGCUAUCCCUCCAAUAUUUAGAUUUAUCCUGCAAUAAAAUACAGUCUAUUGAAAGACGUUCAUUUGAACCACUUCCUUUUUUGCAGUUUAUAAAUCUUGGUUGCAAUUUACUCACAGAACUGAGCUUUGGAACAUUUCAGGCCUGGCAUGGAAUGCAGUUUUUACACAAGUUAAUUCUCAAUCGUAAUCCUUUGACAGCAGUGGAAGAUUCAUAUCUUUUUAAAUUGCCAGCAUUAAAAUAUUUAGACAUGGGAACAACACAAGUGUCACUUACAACAAUUGAAAGCAUUCUCAUGAUGACCCUUGAAUUGGAAAAACUGAUCUUACCUAUCCGUAUGGCCUGCUGCCUCUGCCAAUUUAAAGAUACUAUUGAGGUUGUCUGCAAGACAGUCAAACUGCAUUGUGACAGUGAUUGCCUGACAAACAUCACAUUUUGUGAUGAAAAUACAUCUAUAGGGAAUGCAGAAGGAUCGUUCAUGAAGGUGUUACAAGCCCGGAAGAAGAACACCAGCACGGAACUGACUAUUGAACCCGAGAGGGCGUCCUCAGACAUAAGUGCUGUCAGUCUGUCAGCCUUCAUGAAUGAGCAGCUGGACUUUAAUGAUGAAAGCGAUGUGAUCAGCGCACUGAAUUACAUACUGCCUUAUUUCUCAGAGGGAAAUCUAGAAGAUGUUGAAUCAACAUUAUUGCCCUUCAUUCAACUUCUUUUUACAAAUGCCCAUGAGGGAGAUAUGCCCUUGGGCCAUUUCAAAAACAAUACAAAGAACCCUUCUGUUAAGCCUAUAUACAACAAUUCAACUUAUAAAAAUAAAUUGAGGAAACUCUAUUUUCUGGAAAACUUGUUAGAUGCAGAAAUUCAAGAAAAAAUUGAUGAGGUUAAAAAGAAAGAAAAAACGGCCAUGCUUAUCCGUGCCAAUCUUUUGGGCCCCAAAUUUAAACGCCAAAUCUUUCCGAAGAAACUGGAAAGAGCCCAACUACAGGAAAACAGUCUAGCUGAGAUUGAGAGCCCAGGGCAAAGGCUGCUGAGAGUGGACAGGGUCCUCAAGCGCCCAAGGGGCCUACAGAAAAGGCACUUCAAAGAUGCAGGAGAUGAGAGCAGCGAGAAGAAACAGAAUGCCCAGCCAUUUGUGGAGAACACUGCCAAAGAAAGAAGGCUCAGGAGGCCGUCCCCAAGGGAACUGGAUGAACUGGACAUGGUGCAAAGGCCCAGGAAGUUAGUGGGGAACUCCUUCAACACAGAGCCUUCGUUCAUAAAGGAACACAAGGCAGCAGUCUCUUCUUUCCUGAAACAGUACUCUCGGGGCAGGCCUUCUGACCCCCUCCCUCCAAAACCCCAACCUGAGGUUAAAAACAAAUCAAAAGACUUAUCCUACACCAUUUUUGUUUUAGAAGAUGCUGAUGCUAGAGUGAGAAACAUGAAGUCUUCCAAACCAGUCUCACAUUCCAGAAAAAAAUACCUCUUCCAUAAAACUCGCUCUCGGGUGGCCCACAGAACACCGAAGGCCAAAAUAAGCCGAAAGCUGAGAAAGAAAGGUUCACUCAGUAGGAUGAUGCUGGCCAGAAGGCCUCUGUUCUCUGCAGUGAGGAGUCUCAUCAAUUCCCCUCCACGAGAGGGGUUUUCAUCUUCAGGAUUACUGGAUCCUCAGGAAAAUCCUUUUUCAGAAUUAUAUUCUCUUUCAGACCCUCCUAAAGACAACUCUGGUUCAGUGAACAAUACUCCACAUGUUUUUGGAGCAGUUGUCUCUUCGGGAAACAUUACUCGGCCAAAAGAAACAAGACCUGGAAUUGCUGCCCGUAAUAAUGUCUCCAGUGCACAUUCUACUGUUGCUGCAGACUUCAUGCCACCUGUUCAACACACGAACGAAACACAAUGGGAGUACCACAACGUGGGCACUGAGCUCGCCUCUAAGCCCCCAAGUGUCAGUUUCCCAGUGCUCGCAUCCCCAGGUGAUCAGUUUGAAAGUCAGCUUAACCAGCAGCUACGAUCUCUCAUCCCCAACAACGACGUGAGAAAGCUCAUUGCUCACGUCAUCAGGACUUUGAAGAUGGACUGCUCUGAGACCCACGUGCAGCUGGCCUGCGCCAAACUCAUCUCCAGAACAGGCCUCUUGAUGAAGCUUCUCAGCGAGCAGCAAGAAAUAAAGGUGUCCAAGGCAGAAUGGGAUACGGACCAGUGGAGAACUGAGAACUACAUCAAUGAGAGCACAGAAGCCCAGAGUGAACAGAAAGAACCGGAGUCCAGUGAGCUCACAAAAGAAGUCCCAGGUUACGGCUAUAACAACAAACUCAUCUUGGCAAUAUCUGUGACUGUAGUAGUGAUGUUUUUGAUUAUAAUGUUCUGUCUCAUUGAGAUUUAUUCUCAUAGAACAGCAUCAGAGGAAGAAGGAAGCAGAAGGGGCUUUUUCGGAUUUCUGCUGCGUAAGAGGAGCUCAGGGACAAGUGAGAGUCAGGAGGGCUUCUUCUGGAGGCGGCGGCCACUUUGGCUUCGGGACAUGUACAGGCCUCUCAAUGCCACACGCAAGAAAAACAUGGCGCAGAAGCUGCACGACAAGGAGUCUUCGGAAGAGGAUGAGAUUUUCAAUAAGGAUGCAGGGGGGACCCCUGAAGCACCGACAGAGGAGCCUCCGGCUACAGAUUCGGCUGCUGAAGAGCCAGAGGCGGGGAGCCUUCACUGGAGGCCAAGUGACGGCCCCAGUUCUACGCAGAUGCGGUCAGGAAUUCAGAAGCCAGGAUCUCGUCUGACACAGAUCCAGCGGGAGGCGGGCAGUGAGGACGCAUUCCGCCGGGCGCCGGCGGCCUUGCUUCUCCGCGCCCCGCUGGGGUACGUUGACCGUGAGCCUCCCAGAACACCUAUCUACUACACCCGGGCUGAGAGCCCUCCGGCACCGGAGAGCGCUGGCCCCGCCCCGAGGCCCCUCCGGGCCCCACGAUUGGCUCCAUGGGCAGGGGCGGCGCCGGACGCAGAGUGA